GAUCGAGCAAUGCAUUUCUUCUAAUAAAUCUCCGCUUUUUUAGGAGCUCGAAGGGAUAUUUUCUCGUCGACCUGCCUGUCUUGUACAUCCCAGGCGGCUCUCAUCGUAACAAUCUGUACUGCCCCAGUCCUUUGUCAAAUCGCUUAAUCCAGUAUCCCUCCAACCGCCGUGCAACAUGCAGGAAUCCGCUCAACCGGGAGAAAUCUCAAUCUCCGGGCCUGAGUUCCACUCGAACUCCCCGGUGCCCCCGUCGUCCCACUCUCAGCGGAGACCUUGGCAGUCGCGGUCUGGAAGGGGAAAAUCCCAACCUCAUCCGCCCCAGGGUUCUACUCUCGAGAGACAGCAGUCGCGCGCAUCCACGGCUCGCACCGCAAAAUGGUGGCGCGUUCGGCUCUUCCGGGGCAUGGUCUUGGAUGUCAAGCGGAGAGCGCCGUACUAUUGGAGUGAUUGGACCGAUGCGUGGGAUUAUCGUGUUGUUCCGGCGACGGUGUACAUGUAUUUUGCGAAUAUUCUUCCUGCCCUGGCUUUCUCUUUGGAUAUGUUUGAGAAGACCCAUCAGAGCUAUGGCGUAAACGAGGUGCUCCUGGCCUCGGUGCUGGGUGCGGUGGUGUUUUCCCUCUUUGCGGCCCAGCCAUUGGUGAUUGUUGGUGUUACCGGUCCGAUCACGGUGUUUAACUACACAGUCUAUGAUAUAAUCGCUCCGCGGGGAACGCCAUACCUUGCUUUUAUGUGCUGGAUUGGAAUUUGGUCCUUGAUUAUGCACUGGGUUCUUGCGAUCACCAAUGCUUGUAACGGGCUGACGUAUGUCACACGUUUCUCCUGCGACAUUUUUGGGUUCUACGUUGCCUUCAUCUACCUACAGAAAGGGAUCCAGGUCUUGACGAGACAAUGGGGCACCGUUGGGGAGACAUCCGCUUACUUGAGCAUCAUGGUCGCCUUGCUGGUCCUCAUGAGCGGGUGGAUCUGCGGCGAACUCGGGAGCAGCAGUCUUUUCCAACGAUAUGUGCGGAAGUUUCUGGAAGACUAUGGUACCCCCUUGACCAUUGUCUUUUUUACUGGAUUCGUUCACAUUGGGCAUAUGAGGAACGUCGACGUUGCGACACUGCCUACCAGCAAAGCGUUUUUUCCGACUGCGGAUCGUGGAUGGCUGGUACAUUUCUGGGACAUUAGUGUUGGUGAUAUCUUCCUUGCAAUCCCAUUUGCGCUGCUUCUUACUAUUCUUUUCUAUUUUGACCACAACGUCUCAUCUCUUAUUGCUCAAGGAACCGAGUUUCCCCUUCGGAAACCUGCUGGGUUUCAUUGGGACUUGUGGCUGUUGGGACUCACUACAUUCGUCGCCGGUCUGCUGGGUAUCCCAUUCCCCAACGGACUUAUUCCUCAAGCCCCUUUUCACACGGCUGCCCUUUGUGUGACGCGAGACGUUGCGGAUGAGGAUGACACCAACAAGGGCAAGGCCGUCCGCAUAACCGAUCAUGUCGUCGAGCAGCGCGUCAGUAAUUUCGCCCAGGGCCUUUUGACCCUCGGCACCAUGAGCGGACCCCUUCUCAUCGUCCUGCACUUGAUUCCCCAGGGUGUUAUGGCUGGACUGUUCUUCAUAAUGGGUGUCCAAGCGCUCCAAGGAAACGGGAUUACCCAAAAACUCAUCUUCCUGGCCCAAGACAAAGACUUCACCUCGGGCUCUAACCCCUUGAAGAGGCUCGAGCGACGUACCGCUAUCUGGGCCUUUGUCAUUUUGGAACUGAUUGGAUUCGGUGGUACAUUUGCCAUAACUCAGACGAUCGCUGCCAUCGGGUUCCCCGUAAUUAUUCUGCUCCUCAUUCCUGUGCGCGCAUUUCUUCUACCGCGAUGGUUUACUCGGGAGGAGCUUUCGACGUUAGAUGGCCCUACGGCGAGUCCUUUCACCAUGGAGAGUGUCGGGGGUACUCAUGGAGUAGACGACGCUGCGCCUGUGAUCUCAGUCCCUGAAAGGGACGGCCAUAGCCAAGAGCGCAAGGCAGGAGGCGAUAACGCAGUCAUGAUGCGUCGUGAUGUAAGUUCAUCUUCUGAAUCACCGAUUGAUGACGACCUGGAGCGCGGCGAUGCCUAUGAGCUACAGCCUAGAUCGUCUGUUCGCAGGCGCAGCACAAUAAGCAGAGCUGAAUGAGCUCCUUGGUUUCAUCAACAUUCCAUGGCACAACUUAGGGUCUUGCUUUGCGCCGUCUCGGUCUCCUUUGGAUAUAAAAGUUUUUCUCUGAUAUACUUGGUUCUCUUAUAUAAUUCUCGGUGUCUCCUUGUUGGUUUUAGCUGAUAAUGACACUUUCGAAUCGG